AUGCUCGAGGCAGAGCUCACACUCGCCAGAGCUUGGUAUCAGCCUCAGGACGAUGAGCCUCAGGAUGCAGAGGUGCCUCAAUACCUGGGUCAGCAGCGCCCGGAAUUUCCCGAUACCGAGCAGCCCAGUUUUUCCACCAUCAAUAGUUUCGAGACGGCAGACUCACAGCCGGAGCUGCCGUGGGACGAAGCGCUGACAGAGUUUCCCUUUACGUCGACAUGCCUUCUCUUGGGGCUGCUGCAUGACGAUGGCUUAAACGAGACUCGCCCAGGCGAUGUCCAGCUGCAGCCGCUUGAGACUGUAUUCCGUGGGACAUCACUAGAGUAUGGCAUGGUUGUGCUUGACAUAUCAAAUCUCGAUCAAGUAAAGUAUGGCAUAGUCGCUUUCCCUAUCCGGUAUAUGGCCGAGGUCUCCUAUCGCGGAGAAGAGUUCGGCUGGGAUCCUGUCGAGGAUGGUCCGCCGGCGCAAGAGCCCGAUGCUGUCGCCGUGGAAGUACGACCUCGGGCUCUCUUGUCUAUCCUCAAGAACCUCAAAACGUUUCACUACACGGUAAACUUGCGAAAGGAAUUGCACGUCCUUGAGUUGGAGCAAAAGCCUCUGGCUGAUGGAAGGGUCCUCGACUGUAUGUAUUCAGGCGCCCAUCUUACUUUUCAUGACACGACUAACUCGAGAGGGAGAUAUCUGGCCUGUUAGCUAUGAGGAUGAGAGGCGAACUUCAUCACAUGGCAUUGCAUCUAGCAUAUGGAACUGUGAGCUGCCUCGUCCUCUUCAAGUGCUAUAUACACUGACCGUGUUAUGAUUAGAUCUCUGGUCGGGAAAGUCUACCGACGGUGAUGAAGACUUAACAGAGAGGGUCAGGCGUCUCGGGACGGUUGAUGAACCACAUAACGCACAAAUCGACCGUGCGAUCGACAAUCUGUUGAUCCUUACACAGAGCAACCUCAGCCUCGACGCCAGGACCGUUGACAAAUUUCAGAAGCUAGGCGAAUUCCAGAGUCAACUGCGCCGGCGACUCGAAGAAACUCCGGGCAGCUUAGGCCCUUCAGAAGCCGCAGGUCACAUACUUCGGAUCGCGUAUUCUGGGUACACCAGCCUCCACUGGGGCUUAUUCAAGAAAAUCUCGUACGAAGCGGUCGCUGCCGCCAUCAUGUCCGACGAGCUCCGAGGGGCGUUUGUGCUGAGCCUUUGCGUAGACGACCUGAAGGGGGAGUUUAACGUUCUGAUAUCCGCUAUAUCACGUCUUUCGUCCCUCAAACAUCUCUGUCUUCUAGGAAACCCAGACAGAGAGAACGAUGACGCGAGCGCUCGUCUCUGUUGUCGGCUUUCUGGGCUGUCGCGCCAGGAUUCACAGUUUCGUGACAAAACAGUCUAUCUAUCGUCUACCUUCUCAACGCCGUUGAACCGAGUUCCAUGGCUUCCAAGUGAAGAAGACUGUCCUCCCUUGCAAGUCUUGCCCAUGAUUCACGUUCUCGCGCGACGAGAGGGAAGGUCGGGAACGGGGAGUCCGUUCAGCACACUUGCCAUUAUCUCGGCGAUGGUCUUUUCGGUGCAGAGCGCUUUGCUGUCGGAUUCCUAUCAUAUCUGCGAUCCAUCGGAUCGGACAGAGACAUGCUACAGUUCGCGUGCGGACCACCAACACUCAGUACAUACGAGUCAAGUCCUUUGGCAAAGAGGCUGGCCGUAUCGCCCAUCCCUGCCACGGCCGACGCGAUGCCAAGGACGGAUGGCGAGUACGUCAUCAUGGAAGCUGGCAGCUGUGUGGUUCUAAUAGACGUGGCCCAUUAUUCGCACAGCACCAAACGCAAUGUCUUGGCAGAUGCAGCCAUCGUUCGAUACGCCUUCCUCAGGGCAAACCAAACCAUCCGCGGUUCUGGAGCUAUCGGGACGAAUGAACCAGCGACUGAAUGGAUCGAAGUGAUAGGAGGGCUGAGAGCAUUCAUGCGCGAAGAAGAGCCCGGUGUCGACGACACGUUGGUCGAAAUAUUGCUCCGAGACGCCGAGGACGCUGUCGCCCGUCGCUUUCAGACAGGGCCGGCAUCGAACGUCAAAUUUAUUGACGAUAUGGACGAAACUAGUGCUCGAGAAUUGUUCAACCGUAUGUUACAAAAUCUGGACAAAUCACCUCCGAAGACUGAUAUUUAG